AUGAUGAAGCUACUGACUCGACCAGUGCUCUGUGUAGCACGCAAGCAAUUAUCCCCUGCAUCCACAGCAUUUUUUAGCUCUGCACGCGACCAGAAUCCUAGUGUAUUCUUCGAUAUUUCGAUCGGUGGACAACCAAGCGGACGUCUUGUGUUUGAGCUUCGCGCCGACGUGGUACCCAAGACGGCUGAGAAUUUUCGCCAAUUAUGUACCGGCGAAGCAGGAAUCGGUGCAUCUGGCAAGCCACUCCACUACAAGGGCAGCAAAUUUCACCGCAUUAUUCCUAACUUUAUGUGCCAAGGCGGUGAUUUUACGCGAGGUAAUGGCACGGGCGGCGAAUCAAUUUACGGCGAAAAGUUUGCCGAUGAAAAGUUUGAAUUAAAACAUGAGGGUGCGGGUGUGCUUUCGAUGGCCAAUGCGGGUCCGAACACAAACGGCUCGCAGUUCUUUCUCACGACGGUAGACUGUCCCUGGCUGGACAAGGCUCAUGUGGUGUUUGGACACGUCACGGAAGGCCAUGACGUGCUUAAAGUCAUGGAGGAACAGGGCAGCCAAUCUGGUGCUACUCGGGCGGCCGUCGUUAUUGAAGACUGCGGUGAACUUAAGUAG